UCUUACACACACACACACGCACACACACUCAGCAGAGACAUGGAUGGCGCUCUUCCCCCGCUGCACGCGCCCUUGCUGCUGCGCGCGCCGCGCCUCCUCGACCGCGCGCAGUACCCCGCGCGGAGCCCGAAGUGCGCGCGCUGCAGGAACCACGGCGUCGUGUCGGCGCUCAAGGGCCACAAGCGCUUCUGCCGCUGGAGGGACUGCGCAUGCGCCAAGUGCGCGCUGAUCGCCGAGCGCCAGAGGGUGAUGGCGGCGCAGGUGGCGCUCCGCCGGCAGCAGGCGCACGAGGAGAGCGAAGCCCGCCAGCUGCAGAUCCUCUACCCGGGCACGGGGCUGAUGGAGAGGGGGGUCACACCGAGCAGCACACCGGGGCUUCACACUGCCUUUACCGCGGAGCAAGGCAAGAACGAAGACCAUCUGAAAAAAUACAUGUUUAACAGUUUCAUGGUCGGCUCUCACAUGCGCCCUGUGACAUCGCCGGUGGCAAAGGUUGACCUCGGCCCAGAGGUCAGUCCAACAGAACCACUUCCGCUCAGCGGAAACCAGUCCCCUGGGUUUGACCGGCUGUCUGAUCGCACUACAAGCCCACGAUCUCUGUCUUCGUCAGAUCUGGAGUCGGGAAGUGAGUCGGAUAAACCGAAAGUCGAGGCAUCUGGAGACGUGGUGAGGCCAGUUUCGUCUGGUAGAGAGCGCGAGCCUGUUGACGUGCUGAUGAAAAUCUUCCCUCAUGUCAAGCAGGAUGUGCUGGAGUCAGCUCUGAACAUGUGCACAGGGGACAUUGUGAAGGCCAUCGAAAUGCUGCUUGCAUCUAAAGAUGAACCAGAUUCCCCAUUAGCAGAGAACACAGCAUCAGCACAGCGGUCUCACAUGCUCCACCUUCCUGCCUCAAAGUCCGCCUUCUCCCCUCUGCAGUCCUCCACGGCCAAACCUUUCGGAAGUGAAGGCCUUUAUGGGCUCAGUCCUUGUUUCGGGAUCAAUCCUCUCCGUGUUGCUUAUUCUGGCUCCGGAGGUGCGUUACCGAGUUUUAUCUCUCCGUACCUGACCUCCGGACUGUUCCCCGCUGUGCCUCUACGCGCGCCUGUCGAUUAUCCGUUCCCCAGCAUGCUCCGGGAUUUGGCUUACCAGAGCAAAGACACUCUCAGCACAGCAUCUCUCUACUCAGGACUCCGGAAGUGAUUAAUGCUGUUAUCUUUGUGUAUUACAGUAACAACUGUAGUGAUGCAAUUUUGUCAAAAAUGUCUCCAGUUCUGUAUCCUAUAAAUUAACCUCUCUUGCCUUGAAAUGUUAAGAACUGUUCUAUUUUUGUACCUGGUCAUAUUUUCUAGUUUUAUUUGUAUUUUUUUAGUAACUUGAACUUGAACUGUACAUAACCUAUA